AUGGACGGCCGGGCAGGCUCUAGCUCAGCUCUGGAAAUUCUACGUCAGCAGCCCCGUGUCCCCGGCCACGCCUUCAUAGUCAUGCGGUCCACCUUUGGGGCUCUCUGUAUUAGAGACCGUGAGCUCCCACGUGAGAUAGGCCGUCAGAUGCUCAUUCACUACAUGGGUGGUGCCCGGCUCAUCUUCAAAAAGGACUCCAGAGACUUGAAGGUUGCAUUCACUGAGGACAGAGUCGUCAGUACAGGACCCGGCGGACCAAAGGUCCGUAUGGCGCGCUCACCUGGAAGCUUAUUCUCUGAACCAGUCAUCAUUGCACAUCAUAACCCCCAUGCAGUGGAAUCUCUGAUCUUCAAUGGUUGGGAAUUGGAUCCAGAGGCCCAACUAGGUGCUUGUCCAGUCUACAAGUGGGGCCAAAUGAGGGUCAUUCUGAUCACUGGUAAUCCGACCGUCGUCUUUCAGCACAGAGACACGGCUACCAUGGUCGUAGUUGGCCGAGAACAGCGUAUCCAGCUGAACGAAGCGAGGGCUAUUGCAGUCCCGCUUUAUCAAACUGAUGUGCCGCUGGAGUGGACUCGAGAGAUAAAGGUGGAUGAUUUCGCUACUGAGAUUGACAAAUGCGCUAUCUGCUAUCAGACUGGGAAAAGGACCAUCGGCCAUAUCGUGUUCUAUGCGUACACAUCUUUAAAGAAAACUGCUUGGAGGAGUUUGUAG